UGAUCCCUCAAUUGCAUCAACAAGAAGCAGAUAAAUCUCGCUCUGUCGUGCGCACUCUGCAAGCAAAUUAAACCAGGAAAAAGGCUCUAAUCGUGAGAGGGCAGAGAGACGAUGGAAGCGACGGCGGUGAGCUUGGCGAGGUCCGUCCUCGACGUCGUCCUGAGCAGCGUUGGGCCUGCCGUCGCCGACGAGGUCGCGCGCUUCCUCGGCGUCCCCAAGGAAGUGAAGUUCAUCCGCAACGAGCUUGAGAUGAUGCAGGCCUUCAUCAAGACGGCCUCCUCUUCCUUGCACCCCGACGCCGCCGCCACCGCCGGAGGCGGGGACAACGACAUCUUGAGGACGUGGGUGAAGCAGGUGCGCGACCUGGCCUAUGACAUCGAGGACUGCCUCCUCGACUUCGCCCUCUACGCCGCCAGGAUCUCGUCGUCGCCGACGGGCAGCUCCUGGCUCCGGCCAGGCCCCCUCGCGGCGCGCGGCCGCAUCGCCGACCGGAUCCGCGAGCUCAAGGCCAGCGUCGAGGAGCUCAACCAGCUUAGGCUGCGUUACCAUAUCGUCGUCGACGACCACCACCACCCGAGCCGCACGUACCAUGAGCGCGUCGUCGCCAUGCUCCCCGGCGGCCAUGGCUCGAGCUCCGACGAGCUCGCGUUCCAGGAGUCGGAGAUCAUCGGCCGCGCAGGCGAGAAGGAGCAGCUGAAGGAUCUGAUCUCCCGCUGCAGUGGCUCGCCGUCGCCGAGCGUGGUGGCGGUGUGGGGGAUGGGCGGCAUGGGGAAGUCGUCGCUGGUGAGGAUGGUGCACAACAACCCGGCGGUGCUCGACGUGUUCGACUGCAGCGCGUGGGUGACGGUGCCGCACCCGCUCGACGGCGCCGACGAGUUCAGGCGGCGGCUGAGGAAGCAGCUCGGCCUCGGCUUGGGCGCCGCAGCCGGAGACGACCAGAACGUCAUCCAGGACUACCUGCGGGAGAAGAGGUACAUCAUCAUGGUGGACGACCUGCUCAGCCAGGAGGAGUGGGAUCAGAUCUGGCAAGUCCUCAAGCCGUUGAACAACAAGGGCAGCGUCGUCAUCGUCACGACGCGCCGUAAGGACGUCGCCGGGCACUGCGCGGGCCUCGCGCCUGAGGAGCAUGGCCAUGUCUACGAGCUGAAACGUCUGGAUGAUAAGCAAUCCAAGGAUCUCCUUUGUCGAAAGGUCUACAGAACACCAAACUAUACCUUGCCGGAGGACAUGAAACCGCACAUCAGUCGCAUCUUGAAGGGAUGCUGGGGGCUUCCUCUUGCUAUAUCCACAAUCGGAGGUCUCCUUGCCAAUAGGCCUAAAACAGGAAUGGAAUGGAAGAAGUUGCACGAACACCUUGGAGUAGAGCUGGAGUCCGACCAGCUCCAGGACAUCACGAAGGUACUUGUCUCAAGUUACCAUGGCCUGCCAUAUCACCUGAAGCCAAUCUUCUUAUACCUUAGUAUCUUCCCCGAGAACAACGAGAUCCGGCGCACCCGCUUGUUGAGGAGAUGGAUCGCAGAAGGUUACAUAGCGAAUAACCGCGACAUGCCCGUUGAAGUAGUGGGAGAGCGCUUCUUCAAUGAGCUUAUCAACAGAAGCAUGAUCCAAUCUUCCAAGGUCAGCCAUGGCCUGAAAGUCGAUCGCUGUCGAGUUCAUGGCAUGAUGCUCCAUAUAAUCCUGUCCAAGUCCAUCGAUGAGAACCAGCUCUUUGUCAUCAAGAAGCACUGUAACGAGGUUCCACAAAGUAAGAUACGCCACUUGGUUGUGAACAGAUGGAAGAAGAGGGAUGAAAAGUUGGAGAACAUAAACCUGUCAUUGAUUCGAUCGCUAACGGUAUUUGGAGAGUGCCCAGCAUCUCUCAUUACCCUUGAGAUGCGAAUGCUUCGUGUUCUCGACCUGGAAGAUAUGGCCAAUCUGAAGAACGAAGACCUUAAGCACAUAGGAAAGCUGAGACACCUAAGAUAUCUGGGUCUUAGAGGAACAGAUAUUUCCAAGCUUCCAUCUUCUCUUCAGAACCUUCUGUACCUAGAGACGCUUGACAUCCAAGACACGCAAGUCACCCAGCUCCCAGAUGGCAUUGCUAAACUUGAGAAGCUCCGUUACCUUCUCGCCGGAGUCAAUUUCUCAAGAGAUUUGCUACAAAAGAUGCCGCAGUUUGGGAUGGAAAACCACAAUUCCAACCUGUUGGGGAACUUGGCAUCCUGCCUAUAUUGUUACAACACCCAAUCUUGUGAGAUAUCUGGCAUGGAUCAAUUCAGUGUAAUGGUUCCUGAAGGAAUCGAGAAGUUAAGGAACUUGCACAUGUUGAGUGUGGUCAAUGUGCGCAAGAGCAAAGAUGUGGCUGGGAAGCUGGAGAGGCUGACGAACUUGCAAAGGCUAGGGGUCACAGGUCUUGGUCAGGAGGAAGGCAAGGAGCUAUGGAACUCGAUAAAGAACCUCAAUAGGUUGCAACGGCUUGAGGUGCGCUCCGAGUCACUUGAUUUUCUUGUCAACAACAAGGACAUAGAUGCAACACCACCAAAGUAUCUAGUGUCACUCAGGUUGUGCGGUCUGUUGGACGAACUUCCUGUAUGGAUCAAGUCACUCAAUGAUCUGACGAAGGUGAAGCUAAUAGGGACACAACUAAAGCAGGAUGACAUUCAUCGCCUCAAGGACCUGCGCAUCCUAGCUUCACUAGGCUUGUGGGAGAAGUCCUACAAAGAGAAGUCACUGAUAUUCAAUGAUGGCACAUUCCGAAAGCUCAUAUUCCUCGAUAUCGAUGGAUUGGAGAUUAUUGAAACAGUUAACAUUGAGAAGGGUGCGAUGCCUGAACUUCAACAACUUUGGGUGAACAGGUGCCAGAAAUUGAGCGAUGAUGAUAAUGGCUUGUCUGGAGUGUUACAUCUCCUCAACCUUAACGAGCUUGUUCUGAAGAAAUGUGGUCCUAAGGAGAAACUGGUGCAGCUAUUGCAAAGCCAGCUCAGUACGCAUGUCAAGCGCCCCAAGUUCCUAGUUGGAAAGUCCAUAUCACCAACUAGCUCAGAGGCGAGCACGAGCACGGCCACACAGACUGGAUAGUGGAGAAAAAUGGAUGAUGUACUUUAUUGUCGCUACUUAAUAUGAUUUUUCAAACAAGCCUCUGUUUCUUUUUUCAUUGAUGUACUACUUCAUUUGUUGCCUCCCACUAUGCCAUUAACUCACUAUGAUUGAUGUAGUCGUAAGGUCCUCCACAAUAUAGUGGAAUAGAAGAUAAUAAGUAGUAAACACAUUCUUGUUAUCAUGUAAGAUACACCGUGGAGGUAGUAACUACCACUUCCAGGGCAUAAGCUUACUACUAGGUAUAAACUAUUUAUGGUGGGUUCCGCUUCUCUUUUUAAAAUUAUGGCAUGACUCAUGUUUGGGGAUUUUAUUUAAGGCAGGUUCCACCUUAUAUUACUCAUCUACGUAUUUAUACAUUGUGAUGUCUCUCCUACCUAGUAUUGUCAGCUGACAUAGGUUCAACUUGGUCUCUAAUUUUGCAACAAACAUUGAGGAUGCUACAAUUUGCCUUGGAAUGUUGCUUUAUACUUGGUGGAUUGGCCAGAUCCCAUCUAGUAAGUUUGUGUGAGCAAUAGACACUCCUAAACCAUAUCAGCAAUAGUGCCAUACAUUUUCUGUCAACAAGUUGGACAUACAAUAUAUAUGGAGUAAAAAAAGAACAUG